AUGGAUUACGGUCGAGAAACCGGGUUUUCGAAUGAAAAUGUGGUUCACAUAGUUCCUGGAACCCCUGGGAAUGGUGGUGUUGAGAAUUGGGAUCCAGGGUCCACUGACCAGGCAGUUUGGGCAACUGAGGAUGAUUAUAGGGCUUGGAAUAGGGAGACAUCAGUUGAUACUGUUUCCAAUUCAAAUUAUGAUGGAAGGCAAUCCCGAUCCCGGUCUGGAAGCGAGCCGCCCAACAAGAAAUCAAGAAAUUCCCAAUCUGGGGAUUUGGGGUCUAGUAAUCGAUCAAAAGUAAUAGGAAAGAUGUUCUUUAAGACCAAACUAUGCUGCAAAUUCCGGGCGGGGACUUGCCCAUAUAUCAGUAACUGUAAUUUUGCGCAUAGUAUUGAAGAACUUCGUAGACCCCCUCCCAAUUGGCAAGAAAUUGUGGCUGCCCACGAGGAAGAACGAGGGGUGUCAUCUGAGCCAAGGGAAGAAUUCCAGAUUCCAUCAUUUGCUUCUGGUUUUAUUGGGGAGACUCAGAGGUCUUAUAAAGGGAGGCAUUGCAAGAAGUUCUAUACUGAAGAGGGCUGUCCAUAUGGAGAUAAUUGCACUUUCCUCCAUGAUGAACAGUCGAGAGCACGGGAGAGUGUGGCCAUAAGUUUGGGUCCUGGGCCAGGUGGUGGACAGAUGGGUGGUGUCGGCGGCGGUAGCAGCGGCGGUAGCCUGAAGCCUUCGAAUUGGAAAACAAGGAUUUGUAACAAGUGGGAUAUGACAGGGUAUUGCCCAUUUGGAAGCAAAUGUCAUUUUGCUCAUGGGUCUGCAGAACUGCAUCGUUAUGGUGGGGGUGUAAUGGAGGGGGAAGUUAAAGAUUUUUCUGCUUCUCUGGAUCAAAAGCAGGGGAUGUUGCCUUCAAGAACUUCAAGUGAUAAUGCAGUUCCACCUCUCAUUUCAGUUCCUCACUUAGACGGUUAUCAUGUUGGGGUUCCACCACAGAGGUUGUCCAAUGUAAUCCCGAAGGUAGGGCAGAGACCCCAUCAGAAGUGGAAGGGUCCAGACAAAAUUAGUAAAAUAUAUGGUGACUGGAUCGAUGAAAUCGAGUAGAACACGAAAUUCCUUGCCUGCACUCAUUGAAACAAAUUGGGAGGAGUCAAUUAUACCCUCUUCAAGUGGAAGAGAGGCAACUUUGUAGUUCUAGGACUAGGAUUUGAAUUAAGUGGAGCUUGAGUUGGCUUUUGUUUCCAAGUUUUUGGACAUCAUGUUCCCUUGUAGAGUUUGAAGCCUUUUGCAGGUUUUCAAGGCUUCACUUUGCUUAUGCAAUCUCUCUGUUUUACCAAAUAUAAAAGCCAGUUAACCCGGUUUUAUCAAAUAUAAAAAGCCUGUUGUCCUAAAUUUUUUUGUUGUGCCAUUGGAUCAUAUUUACUGCUUAAAGCUGAUGGUUUGUUGUGCAGAGUGUUAUUUGUUGCAGAUAAUCUUCCUUUUGUACACUGCAGUUAUUGAGCACAUCUGUCGAGUUUGGCCUAACUCAAUCGCAUGAUGAGAAUCUGCUGUCAAGAUUAGACCGUAUGACUUCUGCCAACCCUAUCCUCAAAGUUUGUAAGAACUUCAAGAUACGAAAAUUAUUGAAUUAUCAGUUACAAUUUAUUUGGGUCAAGUUAUGUUAAUACGAACAAUCUCGCUUAGUUUGAGUUGUU